UCCAAUUGAUUUAAGAUUGAUUAUUUCAAUUAAAAUGGUUGGUUCUCUUCUAAAACUUAAUGUAAUCCAAUGCCUACAAAGGUUUUAAAUAUUCAUAAAACGAGUGCUUGAUCAUAGCGACCGCGUAAAUGAUCAUGGGUGUUGGUGUCAAGUCACCAGAUGCCGCUAUAACAACAUCAACAACAGUUUACAAAUUAAAAGCGGCUUUGUCUUGUUCUUGCAUCGAAGUGGUUUCCUUUCUGCUUAUCCUGGUUCUUGUGAUGAAUUUGCUGCCUGUAUCCUCAUCUUCGGUCAAUCCAACAAGCAUACUGGAGACUAAAACCUCCUAGACAACUAUUGCAGUAUAAUUAUCAUGAACAAUCACAUGUCUUCUGAGCAAGGAUCAAAUGUCUCCAAUACAGAUGACAGCAGUUAUGAAAGUGAUGAAAAUUUGUUUAAUGAUAUCAUGAAUAUUGCAGACACUGUUGAGCAUUCUAUGUCUCUAAAGGAUAAUUCAACUAAAGACAACAUUAUUAUUGAAGACAGUGAUGUCAAUAAUAGCUAUACAGAUCAGGAAAUUCAUUCUGGCAAGAACAAUGCAGUUAAAUGCUUAGAAGAUGUAGAUGGUAAAGACUGCUAUCAUGAAUUAGAUAAUACCAGCCAGACACACCAUGAAGAAGAUUCCAUGUUAAGUGUGAAAAACUGCUCAACAAACAGCAAUGACUCAUUUGACAAUGAAGAAGAUGAAUUGCAGAUAAGUAAUAAGCUUGAGCUUUGCUCAAAUUCAGACUCUUUAGGAUCAGGAUCAGCUGAAACUGAUAGCUUUGGGAAUAGCUUGGAGCUGUCAGGAAUAGUGACAGAUAGUCCUGGGAGGAGCCGCAGUAAGUCAUCAUCAGUGUCAUCAACCGCAAGUGAAGAAAAACAAAGGCUCUACCGUAUGCUGUCUGAAGAAAAAGAAACAAGACUUCCUAUACAUAGUGGAUUUAUGAUGAAGCUUGGAGGAACUGGUUUAACACCAAAGAAUUGGCGAAAGAGAUGGUUUGUUCUACGGAGUGACCAUUGUCUGUAUUAUUACAAAAAUCCAAAGGGUAAACCAGCCGGUGGCAUAGUGUUAUCAAAUUACCUCGUUACUCCUGUCAUGGGUAGCACCAGCAAAAGCUUUUCAUUCCAGCUCACGAAAGGUGGUGCCAGGACGUAUACACUCGCUGCCCUUUCAUCAACUGAAAUGAGAACGUGGAUACAAGUAAUAUCAGAGGCAACAAAAUCAGACGAUAAACCACACUCUACUCCGGACUACAGUAUCCACAAUAUCAGUAUACCUGCCUUGUCAAUCAAAGAUCCGGACUGCCAUGGCUACAUCUGGAAGCAAGGCCAGAUUCACAAAACCUGGAAGAGACGCUACGCUGUGUUAAAAGAUGGAUCCCUGUUCUAUUAUAAGGACAUGUCAGAAACGACUGCUAUCGGCGUUUUUUGUUUACAUUGCUAUACUGUUAACGAAACUGAGUCGAUAUCCCGAAAAUAUGGGCUUGUUGCUAUUCCACCACAGCCGCUGAUGAGGACAUACUACUUUGCAACAGAAACUGAAAAUGAUCGCGAUAGGUGGCUAAAGGCUCUUAAGAAUUCAAUAGAUUUGGCAGAUUGUAUGUAAAAAAGAAUUGAGACUCUUGGAAAUUAGUAACGUCGCACUCUUUUGUCCUUAAUUUAUUUUUGGUAAAGACAUUGCUCAGUUAACAAUUGGGCAUAGUCUCUAUCCAUGAAGUUUCCAUACAUUUUCAAUGCAGAGUGUCUUGUUUUCUAUUGAUUUCCCCAUAGAUUUUUCCAGCUUAAAUCAGUAAUGAAUCUUCAUCAGAAAAUAUCAAAUUUUUCACAUCAUUUUCUGUUGCUAUUGCUUAUAAGAAUAUUUCGGCUCAAGAUCUUCCAAUGUUUAAGAAUAUUUUUAGAAUAUUUCCAACCUUAGUUCGCAUAUUUGUCGCAUUUUCAGCUGUUUCCCACUUUGCGAUGCUAAUAACAGACAAUCAAGUUGCUGCCAUAUUUAGUUCGUGGCUUUUGUUCGAAGGCGGGCAAUGUUCCCCUGAAUUUAUAUCAGAUUUGAAAAAAGUAAGAAUACUUUAAGAAUAUAUUCAUGCUCAAAACGAAAAUUUCUUAAAAAUAUUUAGGCUUUGAAAAUUUAUGAUAUUCUUACAAAGAAGUGUAAAUUUUAAUUUUGGACUGAAAAUUUCUUUACUGUCAAUCCCGUAUUUGAGAAUUGAGAUAAUAUUAAACUGCACAUUUGUUUGCUCUGGUAAUUCAUUUAUGUAUAUAUUUACCUCGUUUAAACUAAAGGUGUGUUUUUAUGAGGCAAGUAAGUAUUUAUCUUGUGUUUGUGUAUAAGCAAAAUAUGAAGCGUAGAAUCGACAAAAACAA